AUGAAAAUAUUAACCGAUGUAUACCCCUUAGAGGUUGCGGGGCGUACGGUACGCCUUUUAAACUUUCUUGUAUUAUAUACGGCUAUACUAUCAUCGGAAAAGGAACUAUAUCGGGGCUGUGGAAGGAGGUCUCCCGCGAAGCGGAGGUAUACCGAAUUCUGCGGAAGGUGUACGAUCGACUUAGCGAAAAUUUAUUUCCUUCACGGGGCUAGGGAGAUUCGCUAUAUGCUUAAUAAAGAGCUUGGGCGGGCAAUGAUCAUCGACUUUCACCGCUCUAUAUUGAAACGUCGACCGACUUUGCAGCGGCCGCGAGCCUCAAAACGACGACUACGUCAACUAGAGAUAGUUGAUGCAAAACGUCUUCGUGUAACGUGA